AUGUCUGGUAAAACACUUCAGAAAAAUUUAGACCAAGCAGGGGUUGAUGUGACAGACAUCACUGGAGAAUGGCAGAUGUUAAAGUGUAUGGUAUACAAGAGAUUUUCAGCAUUGCAAGGAACCCCCUGGAUGGACAUCCAUACAAGACUUUCUGAUUGUGGUGUGUCAAAUGUGCUACAUAUUUUGGACCUGAUCCACAGCCUUCCACCUACCAGUGUCCUAAACGAAACCGCCUUCAAUCAGAUGAAGUUGCUGAAGACUGACAGACGACAUCGGCUUAAUGAGAGACAUUUGAAUGAUUGUAUGCUCAUUCGGCUAGAAUCACCAACUAUAAAGGAUUUCAACCCAAUGGCUGCAGUGGAUAAAUGGAUGUUGACAGGUAAAGGUGUGAGAAGGAAAACAACAUACACAAGAGGCAAAAAGAACAAACAGUGUGAAGAAACAGUGAACAGAGAUAGUUUACCUUUGGCAGAAGAAACUGAAAUUCAGACAGUUGUAGAAAGAGAAGUAGAGGGGAACAUAAAUUUGGAUAAGGAGAGUGAUGCAGAGAAGGAGAGUGAUAUAGAAGAGGAGAGUGAUGUAGAAGAGGAGAGUGAGGAAGAAGAAAGUGACAUUGAAUAUGAGCAAAGUGUGGAGGAGAAUGAAAUGCUAUUAAAAGAAAUAGUGAGAGAAAUUGAAGUUGAAAGAGAAUGA